CUCACAACAGCCCUUCAGUCCUCUACCAAGAUGCAGAAGUGGGUUGUGAUCUGUUGGGCACUCUUGGCCCUGGCCGGUGCAGAUGAGUGUCCAGAUGGAGGGAUGUGUAAGGAAGGUGCUACCUGCUGCAAACACCCAGACAAUGGCUAUGGAUGCUGCCCAUUUGAUCAGGCCGAGUGCUGCGAGGAUCACAUACAUUGCUGCCCUGAGAACACUGUCUGUAAAAUGUCCACAUCCAGCUGUGAGAACGCCACCAUGUCUGUUCCCUGGGCGGAAAGAGCUCUUGCUGAUCAACCCAGACACUCCAAAUCCUUCAGGAUGAUCAAGGCAUACAUGGGGGAGGAAGAUGAUAAUAUCUGUCCGGAUCAGUCACGCUGUCCUCCUGAGUUUUCCUGCCUGAAGGCCUUGACGAGGUUUGGCUGUUGUCCUCUUGCUAAGGGAAUCUCCUGCUCUGAUGGGAAACACUGCUGUCCUGAGGGCCUCCAGUGUAGCGCUGACAGCCGAUCCUGCAUUAAAAAAGAACUUGUGACUGCAGUCCUGUGCAGCGACGGAGUGUCUGAGUGUCCAGAUGGAACCACCUGCUGUGAAACACCCGAAGGAAAAUGGGCAUGCUGUCCCAUGCCGAAGGCCGUGUGCUGCGAGGAUAAGUUGCACUGCUGCCCUGAAGCGACCACUUGUGAUCUUGAACACUCUAAAUGUAUCCACUCAUCUACCAAGAAAGAGAUGCCAAUGUGGGCCAAACUGCCUGCCAGGACAAGAGCAGAGUGGGAGUAUCCAAAAGAGAGUGAACCAGUGGUUGCAGAACCAGUUCAUAAUGGGACCUUAGAAAAAGUCCCUGAAGUCACCACAGCCAAUCCAGUUCCUCCUACGGACUGGGAAGUUACAGUGUCAUCUGUCACUACGGCAGCUGCAGGCAAUGAUGUCCCCUGUGAUGAUACAACAGCCUGUCCAGAUAACACCACAUGCUGUAAAACCCAAGAGGGGACCUGGGCUUGCUGUCCUCUAGUAGAGGCUGUUUGUUGUGAAGAUUUUAUACACUGCUGCCCUAAAGGUAAGAAAUGUAACUUGGCUGCCGGGACCUGCGAUGAUGAAUUAUGCUCUGUGCCCUGGACCGAGAAAAUACCUGCAAUCCCCAAGCAGGGCGUACAGGUGGGGAACGUUACAUGUGACUCCUCUCACGCUUGUCCUGAUGACAACACCUGCUGCAAGACCGAAACAGGAGAAUGGGCCUGCUGUCCUUUACCUGAGGCGGUCUGUUGCGAAGACCAUGAGAGCUGCUGCCCUAAAGACACCACCUGUGACGUGGCUGCUCACUCCUGUGUGGGCUCCUCAGGAUCAACACCCAUGAUGUCAAAGACACCUGCAUUUGGCAAAGUAGUGAACAGCACAGAGGCACCUACUACAGCGCUGCCCAGUACACAGGCACCCACCACACAGACCACAACAACCCAAAGUGAGGAAACAAGCACGACACAAGCAGCGGACGAGAAGAAGCCUGAGGAGAAGGAAAAAGGAGAUGGCAUUCACUGUGACGCCUACACCAGCUGUCCUGAGGGCACCACCUGCUGCUUCAUGAAGUCUACCCAAAAGUGGGGCUGUUGCCCACUGAAGAAUGCUGUGUGCUGUGCUGACGGAGACCACUGCUGUCCCGAGACCUACAAUUGCAACGAAAACCAGACCUCGUGCGUCAAAGAAGGAGUGGUGAUCCCGUGGUACACCAAGCUUCCAGCUAUCAGCGUUAAGGAUGAACCCAGCUCUGUGAAGUGCGACGCCCAAAAUCAAUGUCCUGAAUUCACCAGCUGCUGCCAGCUCUCCACGGGCGAGUGGGGGUGCUGCCCUAUAGAAAAUGCCGUGUGCUGCCCAGAUAAGGAGCACUGCUGCCCUCAUGGUUACACCUGUCACAUCGGCCUUCAGUCCUGUCUCAAGCUCAUGACGCUGCAGCUGGAUACCGUCCCGUUAAUACCGGUGUUCCUCCCCAGCGAGCCCAACUUCAGUCCUCUGAAUCACGGUGACGUCAAGUGUGACGUCACGACCAGCUGCCCUGACGGGGAGAGCUGCUGCAAGACAUCCGCUACUACAUGGGGCUGUUGUCCGUCUCCUAAUGCGGUGUGCUGCAGCGACAUGCAGCACUGCUGUCCCACCGGCUACGCCUGCACUGAAACUGGUGGCUGCACCCAGAGUCCCGGCUUCGACUGGCACAACUGGCACAUGUUCUUCUCCCACAAAAAGCGAGCUAUGAAUUUGUGAAAACCUCACUCCUGCACUGUCAUUUGUUUCUGCAUGCAACGCACUAAUGGAAAAUAACAAGGAGGGAUUUUAUAAUGAUCUGUCAAUGCUUUUAUUGUUAGAGGACAGCAGUAAAUGGAGAGUGGGAUGCUGUGAAACUAAAUUGCACUUGUGAUUAUGAAGUUCUGUGGUCUUGCAGUAGCAAUGUAAUGUCUGUAUGCAUCUAGGUCACAUCUGACUUGUAAUAUUCAAAUGUCGUGAAUAUGAGGAUAGCUGAUUUUAAAAGUCAGAUAAACCCUCGUUAAUCCAAGCACACAGUUUGCUACUUGAAACUCUACUCCAGAUUUCAACUGAAACACUCCACAGCCAAUAUGAGUUUAUUCACCGUUACUCAUCUGCUCUGUUCUGCCUAUGUUCUGCUUCAGCUGCCGUGUGUUACAAAGUGCCGUAUAUCAAUAAUCAAUCAAUUUGGGGGUCGUAAUUUAAUGCUGCAUCAUUCAUAAUUGUGAAUAUGACAAACAUGAACUGCUGUGUGGCUCCACCUGGUGAUCUCAGGUCAGUCUAACACUUUCACACUCAUAGCACAGCACAUCAUGUUGUUGGAUAUUCUCUAAUGGAUAAUUCAUUUUUCAUCUAACUGGAACGACGGUUUAAAAUCAUGAGUGUUUUAAUUUUGUGCAUCUAACUGUUUAUGUGGGAUUUACAAUACACCAUGAGUCAUGAGAAAAAAGUGUUUAGUACUGCUGAACCUCUGAAGGAGUCAGAGAUCU